UCACCGGCUGGAAGACAAUGGUUAUUGGUUAUUCGUCGAAUCUGCUCAUUCUGGGCUUGAUACAAUUAUACCCUUAAAGUGGCCUUUCAAGGAAUAGUAAAUGUUUAAUCUCAAUUAAAACUUAAGCCACGGAAGUUUUCCGAACACCGAAACCCUGCAUCAAGUGGAAAAAACCUGAAUGUGGAGGAUUUGGAGACGUGCGUGUGUCUUGCGUUCAUGCCCAGCCCGUACUUCGAUAGACGUGCGUUGUAACACUCUUCAACAACACUGACUGAAACAUGAAUACGUCCGAGUUUCCCGUGCGCUUUGAGGAGCAAUGGAACAUGAGCUGGAUGGAGGAAGAGAGUAAUAAACUUUUAUUCGGGAUCGGUACGGAUAAUUUCAUCACGCUUUUGGUGUUCGGGAUCAUCUUUACACUCGGCGUCCUGGGGAACGCGAUGGUGAUCACCGUGCUGGCCAGAAAUAAGCCGGGGAAACCCAGAAGCACCACCAACAUAUUCAUCCUGAACCUCAGCAUCGCAGACCUGUCCUACUUGUUGUUUUGUAUUCCUUUCCAGUCGACCAUUUACAUGAUGCCAACUUGGGUGCUCGGCGCAUUUAUUUGCAAGUUCAUCCACUAUUUCUUCACAGUGUCCAUGCUGGUCAGCAUCUUCACUUUAUCCGCUAUGUCCGUGGACAGGUACAUUGCUAUUGUGCAUUCGAGAAAGUCCUCCUCCAUACGAGUGGCAAAGCAUGCUCUCCUCGGAGUGGUGGUGAUAUGGGUGUUAUCUCUGACCAUGGCAGCCCCUGUGAUGUACUAUCAGAACAUAUUCCAGCGAGAGGAGAACCGCACUUUUUGCUGGGAAUGGUGGCCGGAUCCGUACCAGAAGAAAGUCUAUGUUGUGUGCACCUUCGUUUUUGGUUACGUGUUGCCCCUGCUUCUCAUUUCUUUCUGUUACGCAAAGGUGCUAAACCACUUGCACAAAAAACUAAGAAACAUGUCCAAAAAGUCAGAGGCAUCGAAGAAAAAGACCGCCCAGACGGUGCUGGUGGUGGUGGUGGUGUUCUGUCUGUCCUGGCUGCCCCAUCAUGUGGUUCAUCUGUGGGUGGAGUUUGGCACCUUCCCCCUGAAUCAGGCCUCCUUCGUGCUGCGGGUGGCCGCCCACUGCCUGGCCUACAGCAACUCCUCCGUCAACCCCGUCAUCUACGCCUUCCUGUCUGAGAACUUCCGGAAGGCUUACAAGCAGGUGUUCAAGUGCCAGAUCGGCACCAGUGACUCGCCGCUGAACGACGUCAAGGAGAUACGCAGCAAGGUGGACACGCCCCCCUCCACUAACUGCACCAACGUCUGAAAUAACACUCUGGCCUGUCUGCGUGGGAGACUUGUCAGCAUCGGUAAAACAUGACUUAAGUGCAACGUCCGCAUGCCAGGGGAAACAUUCAGAGACGCUUUAGCAGACUUUUCACGCCCCAACGUGAAGCUGGUGAUUUUUUUUGUGUUUAUUUACUUCUUUAUGUUUAUUAAGUUAGCUUAGCUUACUCCAUUACCAUUUGUAGUUUGCCAGGUACACAAGAAAGAACAGACAAUUCACAAGCCUUUACUGUGAGAAGGUCACCGGGACUUCAGAACACACCAUCGGCAAAUCAAAAACCAUGAAUAAAAACACGUGUUGACAAUGGACUCCAGGAGUUGACAUGGGAAAUAUUGACCUUCCUAGACAAUGCCGAGCAAACAAUAGAUUUCCAUUGUGUGAAAAUGUCAUGGCAAUGCCAAGGGACAGACCGCAUGAUGACUAUGAAUGUUUCAUAACAAUGCAUGGGGAGGGAUAACAGGGUAAGUGACAAACAACAGAGGAGGUCGCUUCAAGUUGCAUUGUUCUACAUUAGUGCUGCUCAUUCACACUAAGGGGCCCUGUCUGGUAAGGGUCCCUGAUGGUCCUUGAGGGCCCUCUUCAUUAGUGCUAUGUCUUUUGAAAUCUUUUUUUUUUUUUUUCACAAAGAAAGUUUAUGUUUGGAAACAGUGGCACUCGCUAGCCACUCUGGGAGCGAAAGCGGACAGGAAAUGUUUUGGAUGUCGACGUCCGACGUUAGGAUGGAGUGAGUGCGUGAGAGAGAGUGUGAGAGAGAGAAAGCGAGAGAGAGAGAGAGAGAGAGAGAGAGAGAGAGAGAGAGAGAGAGAGAGAGAGAGAGAGAGAGAGAGAGAGAGAGAGAG